AUGGCUACGAAAUGCGGCGUCUCCGGCACGGACUUCACCAAGUUCAACCCAAAGCAGGACCUCUGCUCGAGCCUGCAGCCGGGCCAACACGUCUGCUGCGGCCGCGGCGACCUCCCGGACUUCACACUUAAGCCCGGCGCCGACGGCAGCUGCCACGCGAACGCUGUCCAGCGGGACGACUCGUGCGCCAUGAUCGCCGCGGCCAACAGCCUCACGGUCGCCAAGCUGGAGGGGUUCAACAAGCAGACCUGGGGCUGGAACGGCUGCAUGCUGCUCUGUAUCGGGACCAAUAUAUGCCUGAGCACGGGAAGUCCUCCGACGCCGGCACCCGUCGAGCACGUCAACAUGACCGAGACGAUCAACGCCGUCUCCAUGAUCACCAAGGCCGGCGUGCCCUCCAAUAAUGUCGUCGUCAGGGUCACCAACUACGGCCGCUCGUUCCGCAUGACCGACCCCGGAUGUACGGGCCCGUCCUGCACUUUUACCGGCCCGUCGGCCGAGUCGCCGGUCAACGAGAUUAUCGCGGCCAGCGGCAAUGACAAGACUACUGACAUGAAGGCCGGGUCGGACAUCCUCAUCCACGACGACUACGAGUGGUUUGCCUACAUGGACGCCGAGAAGUACCACAUCGCCGGCUCCGUCGUGCAGUUCGCCCCCUGCAUCCCGCCCCAGGAGUGCGACAAGUACGGCAAGCUCAUCGGCGCCCCCGCGCUGCGGCCGGGCUUCCAGAUCCCGAACCCCAAGGACUCGAUCGAGAAGUCGCUCGGCAACCUCCGCGAGCUCGCGGGCUUCGUCUCGCUGACGGCGGCCGAGGUCGACGCCGGCCUGUUCCUCGAGCCGACGGCCGACGCCGUGGACGCGACGGCGAUGCCCGUGCUGAUGGUGCGGGCCGCCGUCGAGGCGAUGAAGAGCAUCUACGAGAUGGGCGAGGAGAUCCAGCAGAAGCAGCGCGAGAACAUCAUCCUGCUGGCGCUCACGGCGAUCCUCUUCAUCAUUCCGGGGCUGGGCCAGGCGGCGAGCGCCGUCACCGGCCUGGCCGUCUUCGCGCGCAUCGCCGUCGUCAUCGCCGAGCUCGGGGGCGCCGCCCUCGGCGCCUACGACAUCGCGCAGAACCCGGACAGCGCGCCGAUGGGUGUCUUAGGCAUCCUGCUCGGCGGCCUGGCCAUCCGCGGCGCCUUCAAGGGCUUCGUGUCGGAGGCGGCCACCCUCCGGCGGGGCAUGUCGGCGAGGCAGAUCGAAGGGCUGGGACCGGCGGUCAAGGAGGGCCUGGACAAGAUUGGAUCCGUCGUCACACGAGUGUGCAAUUUGUAG